GUACAACCUUGUGGUUUUGCUUUCAAUUGGGAUAGAAAGUUAAACUUCUAUUGUUCAAAUUUUAGGUUUAUCUAGUGGAAUUGUGCCCGAUAGUUGUCUAACUAUAGACCAGUUUUGGGGAAUGAAGGUUUACAAAUGUGUAUUUGACUCUAGAUAAUCCUUUACUCAAAAUUGUAAAUUAAAGGCUAUAGUAUUAGAGUUGUCUUAAGUUUUAGGUUGUCAGAUCUUUAAAUGUGGAUGAUGAUCAGCGUUGUGUUUAUGAAUUUCCUUAGGGAAAAGAGAAAAAUUCAGUCUCCAAACCUUUUCUUAGAGACUAAACUUACCAUAUAUGGAAAAUGAAAAUAUUUUAAAAAGUGGCUUUGAUUAUUUUUUAAUGGAGUUUAAUCAGCUUAAUUAAUUAUUUUUCCUAGGUUGAAGCACUUAUUUCCCAAAUUUGAAUAAAGGGAAAAGAUCAGCAAUUUGGCCCCUUUUUUUUGAGGCCAUUUUUAGUUUUCUGCCCUCAUUUCCCAACCCUAGUAUAAAAUGAAUUACGGGUAUCCCUCUAAGUCCCUGUAACCCCUUUUUGAGAUCACAGAAACCUUUGAUAAUCUGAUGAAAGUGAUGGACCCUCUCCCCAGAAAAAAAAAAAUGCACAUACACAGAUAAUUUUACAUACAACCUCAGGGGCAUCACACAUCUAAAACCCAAGUUAAGGAUCUCUGCUCUAAGUAAACUCUAUAGAGAAAUUUUAAUGCAAUUAAUUGAUAAAAUUAAGAACUAACUAUUGGCUUAAAACAUUUCAGAUUGGAAUUAUUGUUAGAUGGUGGCCCCUACUAGCAAAAUGUGACAUUGCAACCAGCUUUGUUAGACAUCCAGACAGAAGGAAAAAAGAAGCAAUGUUCUGAGAGCUAUUUAUAAGGAGUCAGGGCAUCUCUAGACGUGGGAGCCAUUCCUGGUUCAAGGCAGGGGUCAGGGUGCCUGACAGCUUCUAGCAGGGUAGAGUUUGAUAAACCACAAUGCUCAGGAUGCCAAGGGGUUAGCCAUUAUCUUAACCCCUUCCUCACCAAAAGAUUUAGUUUUGUCUAUUAGGAAAAAAGAAGUCACUGGGAAAAAAAAAAAAAAAAAGAUUUGCCUUACAACUUUGCUGGAACACAUCAGUUUGGUGACGUAUGGGACACCAGUAUUAUUUGUGAGAAGGUACAUAAAACCAAAGUAAAUUAUUCUCUAUGUAGAACAUUAUUUACUAGUAUCAUUUGUUUGGAUGUAUUAGCUUUGACAAUUUUUACCAGUAAAUAUUGGUUUUAUUUAAAACUGGAAAUCCAGUUUAUAAAUAGGAUAGUUGUUGUAUCUGUCCUUUCCCCUAUGUAAAGAAUAGUUUAAAGAUUUAUGCAUACUUUUUACUUUUCUCUCUUGAUGCCAUGGAGUGGGGUGGGGUGGGGUGGGGGGAGAUCUUUGAGUCAGUAACUGACAAAAUGUCUUCUCCAAAUUUAAAAAUUGAGAAACAGCACUUUAAGUCCUAACUCUACACCAUUUUAGUGCAUGUGUUAGUUUUCAUUAAUGAUUUUUGGUGCAUGCCUUUGGGCUUCUUCAAAAGUGUACAAUAGGAAAGUAUAUUUCCUUUCUUAGAAAGGAGAUUUUUUUCUACUUUGCAACUUGUGAUUACAAAAAUCUUCCUCUGUGGGAAGAUUAACCAUGUAUUGAACUACUGAAAAGUAUAUAUUUUUAGAUAUACAGAAGGAAUCUACAUGGAGCAGCAUUCAGACCUAUAUAGAAGUCAUAGCAUUCUGUAUAGGACCAAAAAGGAAAUAACAUUAAACACUUAAACAGACUUUGUUGGGUAGAAAUACCUUUAGAUCUUGCAUUGACUUCCAAAAAGAAAAUACCACAGAAGUUUGCUAAAAACUUUUGUUGUUUGAAUUUUCUCUGUCAGUGUAUUUAGCCCAAAUAUAACAGCUUUGGGUUAACACAUACAUAAGAAUCAAAAAAACAAAGCUAACUAAAUAGAUCAGUCUGGUUUGUCAAUCCAGCUUGACUGAAAUAAGUAAACUAAUCACUUGGAACAUGAAAAACUGUCCAACUCCUCUAAGGUUUUGACAAAAUAACCUUGGCUGAUGUGGGAAGAUACCCACUUUGAUUUCUGACCUGACAGUGAAGAUUCAUGCUUGACAUGAUUUCAAACCUGACAGUGUCUGUUUAAGGAGCUAUGGUACAGUUUGCUAAUUCAAUCCCAGAUACCUGUUGAUUACCUGUGAGAUCUAGAGUCCAAAGUAGCCAGCAGCCAUAUCCCUGAGUGCUCUGUGCCCAUCAGAUCUCUUAAAGUAAGCAGGGUUGGGACAGGUCACAGCUCAGAUGAGUGACCUCAGGUGCUGUGGACAGCCCCAGAUUCAAGAAUUGUAUCUGUUUUCUUGGGAGUCAUCACUGAACUAAUGUCCCACAUGGUGUUACUUACUGUAGAUGCUCUCUCUUAGAGGAGGCCCAGAGCACACAUCCUAAUCGCUUGUGGUACUCAGAGAGGGGGUGCUAACUCUGAGGCCCUGGCCAAAUUCCAGUUUAGGGAUGUGGGUCUUCUUCUUGCCAUUCUAAUUGGAAAUGUGCAUCGCUUCCCAUUUUCCCUGUUGACCUCAGUGCAAACUGCAUUAGUCUGUUUCUUUGCCCUGGUCCCAAGUAAGAUGCUGGUGUGUAUUAUAUGGGCCAUGUUCAUGCCUUAUUUUAAUGCACAAGAGUUGAGGAAUGAGUGAGCUCCAUAUCAAAGUGCCCUGUAGUUAGAGGGGAACUCUUGUGUUGCUUUGGAGGUGAAAUGGGCCCUUUUAGCAUAAGUUGGAGAAUAUGCACUGGCCAGAGGCUUCCAGCCAUGAGGUGUGAAUUGAAACCUAUUUCCCUCUUUUCUUAUAGCACGUUGAGAAAAUCUGUUGGGUUUUCAGCAGUCAGGGAAGGCCGGAGUUCUGCAGCUUUAAUCUGGGUAACUGAGGCUGGUUGGGGCAAGACUUUGGUUAAUUAACUGGGUUCUCAGAUGCCACAGACUCCGUGAAAAGUCACCAUUAUUUUCAAUGGUUGUGAUAGAAUUUCCCCCCAGUAGCCAUUAUUUUAAGAUUAUAUUGCAGAGUUGCUUUAUUUGAGCUUUUCAUGUAUACACAAUCCCAAACUGGAAGAAAUAAUUAAAAAAAAAAAAAAAAGGAAUCCUGCUGUGAAAGGUAUAUAUUACUCUAGAUUUUUCUUACUGUAAAUAUUGUAAGAUUGUAAUACUGUCGAUAUUUUAUUAACCAACAAAUGUUAAUCUAUGUGAAUUCAGACUUAUUUUAAAUGUGCUUCUUAUUUACUGUGUGUGGUCCCUGUUGCUGACAGUAUUAAGUUAUAUUCUGAUGUAAGAUUAACUUUAUUAAAGAAUGUAAACAUUCAUGUUUCCUUAUGGGAAAACAAAUAAAGUAUAAAGAAGACAAUUCUUUUCAUUAAAAUAUACUGUGUAUUUACACUUGCUAGACCCAGCACCACUUAUAAAUUUAGUACACUGUUCAGAAUUUUAGUUAACACGGCUGACAUGGUUGUACUCUGUUUGAAAGUCUAAGAGUAGGUAUUGUUGGAAUAUAAAGUUUGUAUUUGUCUGCUGUGAAUCAUAAUCUUGAAAUUUCUAAUCAAGUUUGUAAAAUUUUUAUAGUAAAACAUUUUAAUGACAGUUUAAAAAUUUACUUCUCUAAAGAAUGGUCAAAACAGUAUCCUUUCAAAAAUAGAAUUGUUCUUUAAUAUCUUUCCAAACACUUUGGUUAAAUGGACCAGAUGUAUAUUAGUUAAAAUUUAGGACAAAGUUGUGAUAUUCUUUGAGUUUACAAGUUAAUCCUUAUUGGAAAUGUGCCAAUUAUACAGUAGAAUAUCAUUAAUUUGCACUGUUUGGGGACCCCAUUAAGAAUGCUGAAUUUUGCCAACUAAGAAGUAAGCAAAUGCAAUUUAAAAAGUAAAUUUGAGCAUUCUGUAUUAAAUAUGUGCAGUUAUUAUCACAUGAAGAAGCGCAGUGUGUCGGGCUGUAAUAUAACCAUACUUGCUGUCAUGUUCUCCCAUCUCAGUGCUGGGAACUCACCAUGUGGAAACCAAGCAAAUGUGUUGUGCAUCAGCCGGCUUGAGUUUGUUCAAUAUCAAAGCUGAAACUAGCGAGGUCUGCUGUACUGCUUAUUGAAGUAUUGUGAUUCUUUUAGGCAUUGAUUCUUACAAAAUAUAUACUGUAACAGUAUACUUUGUACAGAUUUAAAUUUUAUUUGAAAAAAAUGAAAUAAAGUAGGCAAAAAAAUAAAGAUGUUUAUUUUUCAUGUGACUA